AUGUGGAUGGCUUGCCACCGUAGACUUGCGAUAAGGGGACGACUCAAAAAACUUGGCCUUACGACCGAUGACAACUGUAAAUUCUGCAACAAGGAGGAAACAAUUGACCAUCUCUUAUUUGAUUGCCUGCCGUUUAAGAACUGUUGGCAGCAAAUUCUGGCGUGUUUGGGGAUUCAACGUUUCCCUUGUGAGUGGCGUGAUGAGCUCGAGUGGUUAGUCACACAAUGUAAAGGGAAAGGUUGGAGGAAGUGCAUAUUGCGUAGUGCUGUAGCGGAAACCAUCUAUGAAGUUUGGAAGUAUCAUAACAAUUCCGUCUUUGGCAAUAAUGUGAAUUUGGAGAUUAGAGAUUUAGUCAUUUCUACCCUUGCAAAUAGAGAGUGGGUCAAUUCUAGGAUGAGACAUCAUAUUGCUACACUUCUUAUAGAAUAG